ACCCAAGCCACGACAACAGUCUACUGUCAUCUCUUACCACAACUUAGUCAACAAGCAGUGGCUUUAUACACAGGGCAUUGAAUCAAGUUAUUUCAGUUUUAUUAGAAUGGAGUACCAAAAAGCAUCAGAGAUUAACGGCGUCUGCAAUGGAAAAAUUGUUACAGAAUAUCUCAACGGGUUCAGUGAAACAUCCAUAGAGGCAAAAAAAGCUGAAUUGAUGGGCAAGGAGGAGAAGUCCCACAAGGAGUCAGAGGAUGUGUGCAAGAUAUCUGCCAUUGAAGGAGCCUACGGCAUCGUGCUUCGAGAACUGGGAGAAGACGUGGAACGUGAGGGUCUACUGCGCACACCAUUACGCGCGGCCAAAGCAAUGCAGUUCCUCACCAAAGGUUAUCACGAGACAGUAAAUGACAUCCUGAACAAUGCCAUUUUUGACGAGAACCACAACGAGAUGGUGAUCGUGAAGGACAUUGAAAUGUUCUCUCUCUGUGAGCACCAUCUCGUGCCCUUCUUUGGCAAGGUUCACAUUGGAUAUCUUCCAAACAAUAAAGUGGUUGGUCUGAGCAAGCUGGCAAGGAUUGUUGAAAUCUUCAGCAGGAGGCUUCAAGUGCAGGAACGCCUGACCAAGCAGAUCGCUACAGCAAUCUCAGAGGCCUUAGAGCCUGCAGGCGUAGCAGUCGUCAUUGAGGCAGCUCAUAUGUGCAUGGUGAUGAGGGGUGUGCAGAAGAUGAACAGCAAGACCGUGACAAGCGCCAUGCUGGGACUCUUCCAAGAGGAUCCCAAGACCCGGGAAGAGUUCCUGGCUCUGAUAAAAAACAACUGACCCACUUGGGCCAUUGUUACCUCACCCUGUCUUUCCAAGCAAAAACAGCAAUCUCUCCAGCUAUUGCCAAACAAUGCAUUUCAUUCUUUCAUUGAUCUUAGCUAAGUAUGUUCUGUGUCAGGUAGGGGCAGUUAUCUUAGUUCAUUCCAAUACGGGUGCAAGGGGGGGGGCAACUCUUCAUGGCCGGUAGCACCGCAUUUGAAGGAAUAUUUUCCAACUAUCUGUGAAAGUACCAAACCUGGGUUGAAAUACUAUUUGAAAUCUUUUGAGCGCUUUUCUCUAGUGUGCCUGGAGUGCGAGAUGCGGUGUUUGCAGUUUGGGACAAUCGCUAAAACUGAUAUAUCAGGGAGUCAUGAUCAGGGAUUAAAAACCCUAAGGACCUUGAUAACUUUAUAAGUUAUGUGUAGUCCUUGGAUCGUUUCAUAUUACAGUGGGGGGAAAAAGUAUUUAGUCAGCCACCAAUUGUGCAAGUUCUCCUAAUAAUUGCUCCCACAGUUGAUU